CCUAAAAUUAGACAUCUACAUCAAUAUAUUGAUACCUAAAUAUUGUACUUGUUUUAGGCACAUAAUGCAGUCUUGGCAUGUAGGCACCUAACAUUCUAAAACAUCUCUGUUUAAUUGAAAAACAAAAAAUUUGCAAAAUUUCCUUCCAUAUAUCUGACGUGAAGCUUGGAACAAUCAAAUUGGUGACCAUGCCAAAAGAAUCCAUCCCAGAUUGCAGAUGUAUAGUAUGUUGGGAAAAUUAGAUGUCAGGGUUAUAUUUGAAUCAAGAUAGACCACCUGUAAAGCUGUGGCUUCUGAACCUUACUGAAUAUUAAUAUAUUCAUGAUUGUCUCCCAGUAGCUUUGGGACACAGGGUACCCAUCCUGAUUCUGACUGAAUGCUCUUUCCAGUGCUUGCUUACUUGAUUUUCAUGAUGCUGUAUUUAUUUGCAACCCCAUAGAAACGUUGUUUGGCGAUCAUGGGAUGUGGUAGUUCCACAAAUGCCUAUUACUUCCUGCGGAAAUCGGAAAAAGUACAAACACUGCCAGAUGCAGCUCACCCAGCCUUCAAGGCCGCUGUCCUGAUCCAAAGAUGGUAUCGACGCUAUGUUGCCCGGCUAGAGAUGCGCCGAAGGUGCACGUGGAGAAUUUUCCAAUCCAUAGAGUACUCCUGUGAGCAGGAUCAGAUCAAGCUUCACAACUUCUUCAGCUACCUUAUGGACCACUUCACACCAAGCAGCAGCAAAGAGAGGGACUUCAUUAGCCGCAUGUUGACGGAGGAAGAAAGCUACAAAGACACAGAGCUGGAAAAACUCUGCGACUAUGAAUCAGUAGAGGUGCCAGAUUCCUACACUGGACCCCAUCUCUCCUUUCCACUGCUGCCUGAUCAUGCAACUGCCUUACUUGAAGCUUUCAAACAGAAACAACAGCUCCACGCUCAUUAUGUCUUAAAGCUCCUGCACGAGACCAGGAGACAUCUCAUGCAGCUGCCAAACAUCAACCAUGUCUCCACCUGCUACAGCGAGGAGAUCACUGUCUGCGGAGACUUGCAUGGCCGGCUGGAUGACUUAUUUCUGAUAUUUUACAAGAAUGGCCUUCCCUCCCCGGAGAAGUCCUAUGUGUUCAACGGAGACUUUGUGGACCGAGGCAAACAGUCCGUUGAGAUCUUGAUCAUUCUCUUUGCCUUUCUCUUGGUGUACCCGAAGGAGGUUCAUCUGAACCGUGGAAACCACGAGGACCACAUGGUUAACUUACGCUAUGGUUUCACCAACGAGGUCAUGCAAAAAUACAAGGUGCAUGGGAAGAAAAUUCUCAAGAUGCUCCAGAAUGUCUUUUGCUGGCUGCCACUGGCCACCUUAAUCGAUCAGAAAGUCCUGAUUCUACACGGUGGGGUGUCUGAUGUGACUGACCUGGUGCUGCUGGCCAAAAUCCAAAGGCACAAGUUUGUUUCUGUGUUAAGGGGCAAAAAGAGAAAAGAGAAGAGUAGACACAUGGACUCCAAAGCAAUAAAUGGCAAGAGCCCUGUGGGUGUUUAUCCGCUGAGGAGCAGUUCGUUCUCUGGCUCAUGCCUCCAGCCUGAGCUAGCUAGCACUGCGAGCAUGGCCAGCAGGACGGAGCUCUCCCAGUGGGUCCGGCAGAUGGUCCAAGAAGAGCUGGAGAAGUGCCGCAAGCAGGUGGGGUUCAGUGAGACUCCAGGGGACAAGGAGCUCACCUUCGUCAGCUCCGUCACCAAAACCGAGUCAGAGCUGGAGUCCUGUGAAACAAGCGAGUCUAGCCAAGAAGAGUGGAAGCAGAUUGUAGAUAUAUUGUGGAGUGACCCUAUGCCUCAGGAGGGCUGUAAAAUGAAUACGGUGCGAGGAGGCGGCUGCUACUUUGGGCCUGAUGUGACAGAGAAGAUUCUCCAGAAGCACAGUCUGCAGUUCCUGAUCCGCUCUCAUGAGUGCAAACAGGAAGGCUAUGAGUUCUGCCACAAUCGAAAGGUACUGACCAUAUUUUCCGCUUCAAACUAUUAUGAGAUUGGCAGUAACAGAGGAGCCUAUGUGAAACUGGGGCCGGACCUGAUCCCUCAUUUUGUGCAGUAUCAAGCUAACAAGACAGCCCAUACCUUAACUAUGAGACAAAGGAUCAGCAGCGUGGAGGAGUCAGCCUUUCGCGCGCUCAGGGAAAAGCUCUUUGCUCACACAUCAGACCUCAUCUGUGCAUUUAAGGGCUACGACCAGGAUGGAACUGGAACCAUCACACUGAGUGACUGGGCAACUGCAGUAGAGUCAGUCUUGCAUUUAGGACUGCCCUGGCGGAUGCUGAGGCCACAGCUGGUGCGCGGCACUGCAGGGGGCCUGCUGGAGUUCAAAUCCUGGCUGGAUGACUUAGCUGUGGAACAACGGAGCAAAGAGCACAUACAGUCAAGCUUGCUAGAAACCAUUUAUCGAAACAGAUCCAACCUGGAGACCAUCUUCAGGAUCAUAGAUAGCGAUCAUUCAGGGCUUAUUUCAUUUGAGGAAUUCCACCAGACCUGGAAGCUGUUCAGCUCCCAUAUGAACAUGGAGCUCAGAGCUGAUGGCAUCAGUGACCUGGCCCGCAGCCUAGAUUUCAACAAGGAUGGAAACAUAGACUUCAACGAGUUCCUAGAGGCCUUCCGCCUUAUCGAACACACUCAUGGUGUUGAUAAAGCGCCCCACCCAGCAGAGAUGGCUGUUAGCUAGUGGGGCAGCCACUAAGACACAGUCUGCAAUGCCUUUGGAUGAUCUCUUAAGCCGCAGCAAUCCUUCGCAAAUGAAGGCAGCUAUGAUGACUGAUGGGGAAGUAGAACAAAGUUACAUUUUAGACCUCAGUGUUGUUAGGAGUUACUGCCUAUGUUCCAUUUUUUGGUAUGAUAAUUGGUCAAAUAAGUAAGUUGUACUUUAAGAGGAAAUUUGUUGCUCAAGUAGAUAUUUAUUCUAACGGUGGGUUUUCUAACACACUGCAAGAGUAUAGUGUAGCCUGUUACCCCCAUUUACUGACAUUUCUGUAAACUAUUACAGGAUCAUUAAAAAAAAGUUUGAAGUGGAAUUAUUAGGAACAUCUGCAGUAGCUGAAGUGUAAAAGUAUCUAAAAGUACAAACCUAAAAACAGGGUGCAGGAACUGUUUUUAAAAAAUAGACUUUAGCUCAUCAUCAAUGGUUGCUUCUGGGCUUUGAGUCUGACUUGUAUAAAGUCAGGCCAUCAUGUGAAGUUCUAACUUCUACAAGAAGCCCAUUUUUUUUUUUUAAAAUCCAGUCUUGCUUUAAAGACUUCAAGUGAUGAAGAAUCUGCCACAUCCCUAGGGUAAGACACUCCAGUUAAUCACCUUGCUAAAAUGUGCUUUAGCUAGUGGAUCUCUUUCUCCUAGAAAGAGUUAAACUUACAAGAGGGGUUGGCAACUGUUCAGAAGUGGUGUGCUGAGUCUUCAUUUAUUCACUCUAAUUUAAGGUUCUGUGUGCCAGUAAUACAUUAACGUUUUAGUUCUAAGUCUAUAAUAUACAACUAUUGUAUGUAAAGUAAAUAAGGUUUUUAAAAUGUUUAAGAAGCUUCAUUUAAAAUUAAAUUAAAAUGGGCAGUGUGAGUGCCACUAAAAAGCAGUUUGCAUGCUGCCUUUGGCACACAUAGCCAUAGGUUGCCUACCCUCAAGAUAGAUGCUUUAAGAGCUGCUAUACAGAUUCAGGUAAUUGACCCAUCACCACUAUCUGGUGCUGCAAAGGAAAGUGAAAACUUUCACAUAACAAAAACAUUUGAACAAUACACUGGAAGUACUGUUAUCUGAUACAGUUAGAACAAAUCAAGGGCUAGAUUCACCCAACCUUCACAAAACGUUGUACCUCACUAGGAUUUGCUGAACAAUGGGGGCAAUAUUUGACCCUAGUUUGGAGAGAGUAAUGGUAUUUACCAAGGAAUUUUCACCUUGUUGGGGAACCCAAGACAUCUGUUAGGAUUGAGUCAUAUUUCAAAUGUUGUCUCUAGAGUCAUGCUAGUAUAAUGCAGGGGAAGAAGUCAGGCAAACUUAAUUUCUUUACAGUGAUUGGAAUUUUUUUUUUUCCUAGCACAAGUCUGCUGUAUUUCAGGAUUUGUUAGUCACAAGUGCCUUUUUUUUUUUUUUUAAAUAUUUGACAAUCUAUCUUUCCAAA